GAAGCUUCCUCAGCGAGGACACCAGGGGACCAGCCAGGAGAGAGAGAAGCAACUCCAGACCCCCCUGGAAAUAAUCUCUCAGACGACACAGACCCGGAGAAGCAGGCGAUUCUCUUCCCUCUGACACACACUGCCCCAGGGCUCCACCAUUUCCCAGCUGGACUUGAGCCCCUCUGGAAAGGACACCAUGAGCACUGAAAGCAUGAUCCGGGAUGUGGAGCUGGCUGAGGAGGAACUCCCCAAGAAGGCAGGGGGGCCCCAGGCCUCCAGACGGUGCCUGUGCCUCAGCCUCUUCUCCUUCCUCCUCGUGGCAGGAGCCACCAUGCUCUUCUGCCUGCUGCACUUCGGAGUGAUUGGCCCCCAGAGAGAAGAGUUCCCGACUGGCCUCCCACUAAUCAAACCUCUGGCCCAGACUCUUGGAUUAUCUUCUCGAACCCCAAGUGACAAGCCUGUCGCCCAUGUUGUAGCAAACCCCCAAGCCGAGGGACAGCUCCAGUGGCUGAGCCAGCGUGCCAAUGCUCUCCUGGCCAAUGGCAUGAAGCUGACAGACAACCAGCUGGUGGUGCCAUUAGAUGGGCUGUACCUCAUCUACUCCCAGGUCCUCUUCAAAGGUCAAGGCUGCCCUCAAACCCAUGUACUCCUCACCCACACCAUCAGCCGCUUCGCUGACUCCUACCAGACCAAGGUCAACCUCCUCUCUGCCAUCAAGAGCCCUUGCCAGAGGGAAACCCAAGAGGGGGCUGCGGCCAAGCCCUGGUAUGAGCCCAUCUACCUGGGAGGAGUCUUCCAGCUAGAGAAGGGUGAUCGACUCAGUGCCGAGAUCAACCUGCCUGACUAUCUUGACUUUGCUGAGUCUGGGCAGGUCUACUUUGGGAUCAUUGCCUUGUGAGGGAGCAGAAUGUCCAUCCCCAUCCACCUCAGUCCCUUUAUUAUCCACAACUUCAGACCCCCUCAACCUCUUCUAGUUUAGAAAGGGAAUUAGAGGCUCAAGGCCAGGCCCCAAGCUUAGAACUUUAAACAAUACUUAGAAACCUAGGGUGUAUGGAGGUGGCCUGGACGAUGGGGCACUGGCAACUACCAAGCAUUCAAACUGGGGCUUCCAGAAUGCAAUGGAGGCCUCAGGUUUGGAUCCCUAAGUGCAACCUGGGACACCUGGAAUGUGAUGGCCAGGGAAACUUUAGUUCUGGCCAGAACACUUUGGGACACCCUUGAGCAGAUCCUACUUAGAACUUGACAUGACUGCACCUCACGCCUCCCUUUGUUCCAGACUCUUCUCUGGAAACCCUCCCCCACAGGGCUAGCUCCCUUUAUUUAUGUUUGCACUUGUGAUUAUUUAUUAUUUAUUUAUUAUUUAUUUAUUUACUGAUGAAAGUAUUUAUUUGGAAGGUCGGGUGUCCUGGGAGACCCAACUCAGGGGCUGCCUUGUCUCAGACAUGUUUUCUGUGAAAACGGAGCUGAACUCUAGGCUAUUCCCACCCGGCCUCCUGGCCUCUGUGCCUCCUUUUGCUUAUGUUUUUAAAAAAUAUUUAUCUGAUCAAGUUGUCUAAAUAAUGAUUUGGUGACUGACUGUCACUACAUCGCUAAACCUCUGCUCCCCAGGGGAGUUGUGUCUGUAACCGCCCUACUGGUCAGUGGCGAGAAAUAAAGUGUGCUUA